CAACCACCACGUCACCUCUGCCGCACACGGAGCUACGAAGUGGCUGUUUCCCACGCUGUAGACCUCUACAACCAGAAGGCAGCUGGAGACUCUCUCUUCCGGCUCCUAGAGGCAGACCCUCAGCCUGGAUGGGACGGAAAUUCUCAAAGCACUCAGGAGCUGAACUUCCUCAUUAAAGAGACCGUGUGACUAGUGUCGGAGAAAGCUGCCACGGAGCAGUGUGACGUCAAAGAGGAUGGGGUAAGGAGAUUUGUGAUGUUUAUUACUAUUUGCAUUACAGUUGAAUGUAGAAACCCCAACCAGCAGCAGGGCUGCAUUGUGGCAGGCUCCAAAGAACCUGCUCCAAAGAUCUUACGGUCUAAACAAG